UAUAAAUACACUGCUAUGCAAGUAAAGUACAGAUGGCGAUGCUUCGAAAAGGCUUAUAAAAAUUUUGCUAAGCAUACAAAAAGUACAGGUCGAGGUUAUAAGAAAUUGGAGUUUUACGAUGAGCUGCAUGAUAUCUUUCAGAAGGAACCAAGAUUCUACCCAGAAGUACUCACUUCAAGUGUAGCAACAAAAACUUUGCAAAAAGAAAAUGCACUUCCUCAAAAUGAAAAUGUGCUUCCAACAAGUGAGGCGCCACUUGCAAAUACAAUCACAACCAUAACGCAAAACCCACCACAAGGUUUUAAUGUUCAAAAGAAAGGUUACAAACCUACAUCUAUUGUUCUGGAAGGAAUACAUGCAGAAAUGAAACGGAAAAAUGAUCUAACUGAACAGAAAUUAGCCAUAGAGAAAAAGAAAAAUGAAUUGUUAGAACGCAAAUUGGAGUUAAUGAGUAAAUACUUAGCAGAGAAGGAGAAGUCGGAGAUUUAAAUUGCUCAUGUUGUGUUAAGUAAUAUGUAAUAUUUAAGUAUAAUGACUUAUAUAAUG